UUAGCCCAAGAAAGAUGGCGGCGUACAGAGGGACAAACAGAGGGAAAAAUACUCAUCGACAUAACCCUUUCGAGGACGAACUGGAAGACGACUUUGAACAUGUCGACAAAGAUCUACUCCAAAGGCAGAUGAGAGAUACACAACAGCGCAGUUUGGAUAGCACAAAGCGGUCACUAGCUUUGAUUGAAGAUUCACAUGAUGUGGCCAUCAAGACUGCAGAAGAACUGCAAUACCAGGGCGAACAGUUAAACCGUAUUGAAAGUAACCUGGACGCUAUUCAUGAGGAUAUGGCUGUAGCUAAUAGACAUAUCUCGUCAAUGAAGAGUGUUUUUAACACAAUGACGAAUUAUUUCAAGAAGCCUCCCAAGCAGACAGCUUCUCAUGACUCUCCUCUUGAACCAGAACGUGGAGUCGGGGAUAUGCUUGCUUCGUCUUCUUUUCCAACGCCAAACAGAGCAAGACAAACGGGGCAGAAUUAUCCUCAGGUAAACCAAAUAAGCAGUAGUGCUUCCACGUCGCAUGAUCCUUAUGAAAGAGAAUUAAAUGAAAAUUUAAGCCACAUGUCUCGUGGUCUUGGUCGGUUGAAGGAAGAUGCCUUGGUAUUGGGACAAGAAGUAGAUAGACAGAAUGAACAGCUACCGAGAAUCACAAUGAAGACUGAUAUUGCAGAUAUUAAAGUAACUAAGGCCAGGAAAGAAGUGCAAAAGUUGUUGAAAUGAGAGAAUGAAAAGUUGAAGUGUAACUAGCACCCUGUACAUAUAUUAGGGAAAAAGGAAGGAGUGAAAGGCAGCAGGGAAUCUGCUCAGUUUACUCAAUUGACCAUCUGAAAUCCAAUUGAUAAAUCGAUUUCUAUCAAUAUAAUUUUCUAUCAAUUGUCCAGUAUUUAGGAACAAACAAUAUAGCCCCCAUCACAGUUCCCUGCGC